GCUCGAUCGAUCCAGCGAGACUAGGCAGCCUAUCUCGCCGCCCGAUCGAUGGAUCCUGCUGGGACAUCAAAGUCCUCCAACCCACGGGCAGAGGAGUCUACCCGUGAGGAGAGAAGCAGUGAACUUGGUAGGGCAGUUAUAGAUUUGCCAACAGUUGAGGCGUUAUCAUUGAGUGACCGCCCACUCCUGUCCGCGAGUGACUCAUCUUUUAUACCUCAAUCAACUGAGGAGAAGCCCCCAAAAGAUUCAGAUGCUGACAAGGAAGAAUCAAUGCGUUUGAUGAGAGAAUACUAUGUCAAGAAUCCUCCUACCAGCCUCGAGCAGGCUAUUGAUGAACUUUUAGCUGUUGAACAUGCUACCCUUACUGCCCUAGCUGCUGAGUGGGGUACAGAGCCACCACCACCAAGAAAACCAUUCCCAGUUGAUCAGGAAACCCAAUCACUUGAGGCAGAAGAACAUGCUUCUGCUGCAGUUGCUCAGCCUGAGAGUAUAAAUCCAAGACAACCAAGCCAUGAAGCUUCAAUGGAAGAAAUUAUUGAGAACGGAAAGAGAUGGAUGCAUGAUGAGGUGAUGAUGUGUUUUAGAAAAUAUGCAGAGAGGCCGUACAGGAUGCUUGAAGGCCAAUUUGAUGAACUUUGCCAUCAGUGUUGUAAUAAUGUAGAGGAUCAUUACAAAGUCUUUCACCAUUACAACUUCAAAGUUAAGACGAGAGAACCUGAUUCAGCGGAUUGGACGGUGAGAUUAUACUUUGCUGAAGUGAAAGAGAUGUUUGGGAGAAAGUACUAUUUUUGCUGGCCCCUACAACCAAUUGAAGACGGUCCUUGUUAUGCAUGCAUGAAGCAAGGAGUGGAAGACUUGAGGCACCCUGCAAUAGCGGGUUGUUAUGAAAUGGGCUUCACUGAUGCUACCUUGUUUGGGUAUGCAGAAGAUUGAUGUUAAAACAUGAUGUUAUUGAACUAGUGAGACUAUGGCAUUGUAUCAAGUCCAAUGAACUUGAGUAUUGUAGUCGAAGUUCUAAUAUAUAUGGAUGGUAAUUUAUUUUCUCGCACACUGGAAGCGUUGUAGACUAUU